UUUUAGCUUUAUGGUUUGAAGAGGUGCAACACAAUAUACUAUGGGAUGUAUCGAAUCUAAGCCCAAACAAAAGAAGCCUGCAAUAGAGGGUGGGUCCAAUGGACUGACGGAGAGACCACCUCCGCCGCCCCCUCCACAAUCUAGCCUGGGACAAGAGGACACAUCUGUUAUAGCCCUAUAUGCUUACCAAAAGAGGACUAAUUCUGAUAUUAGCUUUGAGAAGGAUGAUAUCUUAGUGGUGUUGGAUAAGAGCAACUCGGACUGGUGGAAAGCCAGAAACACCCGCACUAGAGAGGAAGGUUACAUCCCCUCUAACUAUGUUGCUUCUGUUCACUCUCUCGAGGCUAAAGCCUGGUAUUUCGGUCUAAUUAAACGAAGCGACAGUGAAGCCUAUCUCAAGCAAACCCAGCCGGGCUCGUUCCUGGUGCGUGAGAGUGAAACUAGGCCUGGAACCUUGUCCCUGUCUGUUCGGGGAGAAAACAACGAUGCUGGGUCAGCCGUGAUAAAACACUUCUGUAUAAGAACCAAGUCAGAGACAGGCGAGGUGUUCAUCAGUAACAAGAUUGAGUUCCCUAACGUUCACGAACUUAUUGCUUACUACCGACAAAACAAGGGGUUGUCAAUAAAGCUGACGUACGUGUGUCCCAAACACCAAGAGACCCCAGAGACGGACGGGUUAGCACACGAUGUGUGGGAAGUUAACAGGAGCACUAUCCAGCUCCACGAGAGGCUGGGACAGGGGUGCUUCGGAGAGGUGUGGGCGGGAACAUGGAACAACGCGGUAAGAGUGGCUGUAAAGACUAUGAAAGAAGGCACCAUGGACGCUGAUAAGUUUCUGGAGGAAGCUAAUGUAAUGAAGCGACUCAAGCACCCCCAUGUGCUCCAGCUCAAGGCUAUUUGCUCUAGAGAGGAACCAGUUUGGAUUAUCACAGAAUUAAUGAUAAACGGCUCCCUACAAGAUUACCUCCACAAAAAGGGUAACAGUCUGAUUCGAGAGGGUAACAUGGGUGUACUUAUUACCAUGGCGGGCCAGUGUGCUAGCGGUAUGGCUUAUCUCGAAGCUGAGAACUUUAUUCACCGAGAUCUAGCAGCCAGGAACGUGUUAGUAGGUGAGAACCACCUGUGUAAGAUAGCUGACUUUGGGUUAUCAAGAGAGGAUAUCUAUCUGGCAGACGUGAAGUCCAAGUUCCCAAUCAAGUGGACAGCUCCUGAGGCUGCAUUCUACCAAAAAUAUACGAUAAAAAGUGACGUGUGGUCGUUUGGAAUUCUAAUGUACGAGAUAAUAACCCUUGGAAAAGUUCCGUAUCCUGGAAUGCGAGGACAGGAAGUCCUUGAGAAAAUAGAAGGAGGUUACCGCAUGCCACAGCAUACUGGUUGCCCUGACGACUACUACUCCAUUAUGAAGGACUGCUGGAAGCAGGAAGCGAGUCAGAGGCCCUCUUUCGAAACCCUGAAAUGGCAACUGGACGAUUUCAACGUUGCCAUGGAAGGCCAAUACGACGAGACCUAACGAAUAAAAUCAGACUCUGUAUAUUUUACUUUCACAAGAAGAAGAUCCGAGCCCUCGGCCCAUGCUCAUUGAACACGUCACGUGAUUUGGUGUGUUGGUUGUAAGAUCGAGUUGAAAAAGCACAACGAGCUCUUUGAUAAUAAUAGCCAAGUUACAUAUAAUAAAUUUGUUAAUAGCUGAUAAUUUUUAAAAUUUUAGUUUUGAUGAUUUCGCACGUGUUUGGGUAUACAGAUUCAAGGGUUUCAGAUAUUUUUGAUCUUGAUGAAUGUUUAAAAAUUUUCUUUCAGUUUUAGGAGUUGUUUUGGCUCAGCCGGAAGACUCGAUUGUUCUCUUGCAUGUUCUUAAUUUGGAAUCAUUUCAGAAAUUUAUGCCCCUAAAUUCUACUCUUAUCUCUCCUUAUCAUAUUAGUCAAAUUUUCGUUUCCGAGCAAAUAUUGUUAAAAGUCUGAUACGAUAGUUUAUAACUAAUGUAUGUUUCUUAAAGUACUACCUUCGCUUCCUAAGAACUGUGCUAUAUUUCUAAGAUGUAACUAAAUAAUUGAACUGAAACCAAUUGGAAGACCGAUCAAGAGGGGCAAAAAACAAUACAAGUUAAUUUUAGUAAUUAAUUAAUUAAAUCUAGGCCUCCUAUUCGCACUAGUUGGAAUUUUAACGUUAGCCCUAUUCGGGCUGAAAUUACGCAGUUUUAUCUACAUUGCUUACAGAAUUCAAGUCGAUGAUGAUGAUGAUUUUAUGCCUUUUCGUCAAUUGAAGCUGUUAAUAGGGCUGUUACCAAGGCAGAAUUAUAACAUGAAGAUAUUUUUAAUGAUUUUUAGCAUCAGUUGUAUAAUGAUAAUAUAUUAGUAUAUUAUAGAAGUAAUUGUAGAAUGUAGAUUCGUGUUUUUAAGAUGUUGAAAAUAUUGAUUUAAAUUGAACUCGUGAUCACCACCACCAUUUUAUCUCGCCUUCUUUCACGGAUUAAUUGAUUUGGUGGAAAAUUUUAGCUUUCAUAAAAUCAUGAAAGCUGAAUUUAAAAGAAGAAACUCGAAAUUAUAGAAAACAUGCCCAGACUACACAAACAAGACACUUGAGGCUGUCUGGAUUCGAUGAUUUGUAAUUUCUAUUGUUUCUCAAUUUAUGGCAGUUUGUACGCACAUUAAUUGAGAGAAAUACAACUGUUUGAUUUAUGGCUGCAUAGUUUUUGAUUAGGCAUGCUAUUCUGAAUACAAAAGAUUUGUUAAUAAACACAAUUUGCUUUUUAACAUAACUGAUAUAUAUACCGUUUGCAGCGACAUCAGAUUUCUUUUGAUAGAAUAAAUUUCUCUAAGAA